GGCGAAGAGGGAUUUUAGCACGGCGAUACUCGAGAGGAAGAAGGCGGCGAAUCGGUUGGUUGUGGACGAAGCUGUGAACGAUGAUAACUCUGUCGUCUCUCUGAAUCCCGAGACCAUGGAGAAGCUGCAGCUUUUUCGCGGUGACACGAUCCUUUUGAAGGGGAAGAAACGUAAAGACACUGUUUGCAUUGCCCUUGCUGAUGAGACGUGUGAAGAACCAAAGAUAAGAAUGAACAAGGUUGUUCGUUCAAAUCUCAGAGUGAGGCUUGGUGAUGUGGUUUCAGUCCAUCAAUGCCAGGAUGUUAAAUAUGGGAAGCGUGUGCACAUACUACCAAUUGAUGAUACUAUUGAAGGCUUGACGGGGAACUUGUUCGACUCAUAUCUGAAACCAUACUUCCUGGAAGCAUAUCGACCUGUUAGAAAAGGAGACCUUUUCCUUGUAAGAGGAGGCAUGAGAUCUGUUGAGUUUAAGAUUAUAGAAACCGAUCCCCCAGAGUACUGUGUUGUCUCUCCUGACACAGAGAUCUUUUGUGAAGGAGAACCUGUGAAAAGGGAGGAUGAGGAUAGACUUGAUGAGGUAGGUUAUGAUGAUGUUGGUGGUGUACGAAAACAAAUGGCUCAAAUCAGAGAGUUAGUUGAGCUUCCUUUAAGACACCCUCAACUUUUCAAGUCAAUUGGUGUAAAACCACCAAAAGGGAUUUUGUUAUAUGGGCCUCCUGGCUCUGGAAAGACUCUCAUUGCAAGAGCAGUUGCAAAUGAGACUGGCGCCUUUUUCUUUUGCAUUAAUGGUCCAGAGAUCAUGUCCAAACUAGCUGGAGAAAGUGAGAGCAACCUUAGGAAGGCUUUUGAAGAGGCAGAAAAGAACGCACCGUCAAUUAUAUUUAUUGACGAGCUUGAUUCAAUUGCUCCCAAGCGAGAAAAAACGCAUGGGGAAGUCGAGAGGCGUAUUGUCUCACAACUGCUGACACUGAUGGAUGGAUUGAAAGCUCGUGCUCAUGUCAUAGUCAUGGGAGCUACAAACAGACCGAAUAGUAUUGAUCCAGCUCUUAGAAGGUUCGGGAGGUUUGAUAGGGAAAUUGAUAUUGGAGUUCCUGAUGAAGUUGGACGACUGGAGGUUCUUCGUAUUCAUACAAAGAACAUGAAGCUAGCUGAGGAGGUUGACCUGGAAAGAAUUGCUAAGGACACACAUGGGUAUGUCGGAGCUGAUCUCGCUGCACUAUGCACUGAAGCUGCCCUUCAGUGCAUACGAGAAAAGAUGGAUGUCAUUGACUUGGAAGAUGAGACCAUAGAUGCAGAGAUACUUAACUCUAUGGCUGUCACUAACGAACAUUUCAAGACUGCUCUUGGAACAAGUAAUCCGUCUGCACUUCGUGAAACAGUUGUUGAAGUGCCUAAUGUCAGCUGGGAUGAUAUUGGUGGUCUAGAGAAUGUGAAGAGGGAACUGCAAGAGACUGUUCAAUAUCCAGUCGAACAUCCUGAGAAGUUUGAGAAGUUUGGCAUGUCACCUUCAAAGGGUGUGUUGUUUUAUGGGCCUCCUGGAUGUGGCAAGACUUUGUUGGCCAAGGCAAUCGCCAACGAAUGCCAAGCAAACUUUAUCAGCGUGAAGGGGCCGGAACUGCUCACCAUGUGGUUCGGUGAAAGUGAAGCAAAUGUACGCGAAAUUUUCGACAAGGCUCGCCAGUCUGCACCCUGUGUCCUCUUCUUUGAUGAGCUGGACUCCAUUGCAAUGCAGAGGGGCGGUAGCGUUGGAGAUGCGGGUGGUGCAGCUGAUAGAGUUCUCAAUCAACUCCUUACCGAGAUGGAUGGAAUGUCUGCUAAAAAAACCGUUUUUAUUAUCGGGGCAACAAACAGGCCUGAUAUUAUAGAUCCAGCGUUGCUCAGGCCUGGUCGUCUUGACCAGCUAAUUUAUAUACCUUUGCCAGAUGAAGCCUCUCGUCACCAGAUAUUCAAAGCUUGCCUGCGGAAAUCACCAGUUGCCAAAGAUGUUGAUCUGGUGGCUCUUGCCAAGUAUACUCAAGGCUUUAGUGGUGCAGAUAUUACUGAGAUUUGCCAACGUGCUUGCAAGUAUGCAAUCAGAGAAAACAUCGAGAAGGACAUUGAAAGGGAAAGGAGGAGAAGCGAGAACCCAGAGGCAAUGGAAGAAGACGACAACGACGAAGUUGCAGAGAUCAAAGCAGCUCACUUCGAAGAAUCCAUGAAGUUUGCGCGAAGGAGCGUGAGUGAUGCCGACAUCAGAAAGUAUCAGGCGUUUGCGCAAACCUUGCAGCAAUCAAGAGGGUUUGGUACUGAGUUUCGUUUCGCAGAACGGUCUGAAACUGCUGCAGAGCUGCAGCUGACGAUGAUGACUUGUAUAGUUAGGUUGAGGUUAUGGUGCUCAUUUGUUGACAGUGGCUUUGGAUAG